GUUUUUGGUGGCACUUAGGUAAGAAUAUCAGGAACAAAAGUCAAAAAACAUCAGCCGGGCCGGUCGUGAGGUUUAUCUUGCAUCGUUGAUGUCAUUGGAAGGCGCAACGUUAUCUAUCAAUCACUACGACAGUUCGCCAACUUAAUUCUACUCGUAUAUAAACUUCUGAGUCUCUCGUGAUAUUUUGUGUUUACGCAAGGUCAUACCAGCAUUAAAUUUGAGCCUUAUAGACAAUCGACGCCGCAGCAAUGACCGCUGUAUCUCCCCAUCCGUUCGACCCUCUGUCGCCCGUGGAGAUUUCGAGGGCUUCACGUAUCGUGCGCCCCCACUUUGGCGACCAUGACCCCAACUUCCGCGUCAUCACUCUUCUCGAGCCUGCCAAGAAGGAAAUGACCCCUUAUCUCGAAAAAGAGCAUCUCAAUCAACCCAUUGAUCAUAUGCCAACUCGCUAUGCUCGCGUGGAGGCAUCCAUCAAAGCUGAAACUGAAGGGAAUCACCUUUUUGAGCUCAUCGUCGAUCUUGACACUGAUAAAGUUGUCAAGAAGCAGCACGUCAAGGGAAAGCAUUCUUACAUCGAUACCGAUUACAUGAAAUCUGUCGAAGCUGCUUGUCUCGCCAAUGAAGAGGUCCAGGCUCUGAUAAAGACUCUUGAUCUCCCUGUAGGAGCGACUGUUGUCGUUGAACCGUGGGCUUAUGCCACGGAUGGAAUGAAUGAUAUGACUCAUCGAGUUAGCAUGUGCUGGUUCUAUCUGCGACUGUUAGAGAACCCUAAUGCGAACUACUACGCUUACCCUUUGGAUAUAUGCGCCGAAGUCUCCGAGUCUCUUGGGGUCAUGAAAGUUUACCGUCUACCAACAACACCAGACGAAAGAGCGAACAAUGAGAAAAGGCCAUUUGAUCACCGACGAGUGCACUCUACUGCUGCAAGCGAAUAUCAUCCCGACUUACGACCAAGCCCCAGGACUACUACCAAACCGCUUCAUGUUACUCAGCCCGAUGGUCCGUCGUUCCAUAUCCAAGGCAAUCGUCUAACCUGGGAGAAAUGGGAUCUCCGAGUUGGCUUCAACUACCGAGAAGGUCUCACUCUUCAUGACGUUCGAUAUGAUGGGCGAAGUCUCUUUUAUCGCCUUUCGUUGGCUGAGAUGUUCGUACCGUACGGCGAUCCACGAGCCCCAUACCCACGAAAGGCUGCAUUCGACCUCGGCAACGAUGGCGCUGGUAUCAAUGCCAAUAACCUCCAGCUUGGUUGUGAUUGCCUUGGAACGAUCAAGUACUUCAACGCUUACCAUAACACGUCCUCGGGUGAACCUCUGAAGUUACCCAAUGUUGUCUGCUGCCAUGAACAGGACGACGGAAUUCUGUGGAAGCAUACCAACUUCCGCACGAAUGUUCCGGUCGUAACUCGUUCUCGAAUUCUGGUCCUGCAGACUAUAAUCACUGUUAGCAACUAUGAAUACAUCUUCGCCUGGCACUUCAGCCAAGAUGCUUCCAUCUUCUACGAGGUUCGGGCAACAGGUAUUCUCUCCACUGCGCCAACCUCUGUAGAUCACAAGGGGACGUAUCCUUAUGGAACUAUCGUGGCACCUGGUGUUCUAGCGCCAUAUCAUCAGCAUCUUUUCAGUCUUCGCAUCGAUCCCGCAAUUGACGGCCAUACCAACUCACUCGUGGUCGAAGAGUCCAAGCCACUUCCCAUCGACGAUCCAGCCGUGCACAACCCCUUCAGCGUAGGCUAUGUUACCGAGAGUCAGACCGUGGAAGAAGAAGGAGGCUUCGAUCUUGACUUUACAAAAGCGCGCACCUUUAAAUUCGUCAACGAGAACAAAAUCAACCCCAUCACCGGUACGCCAGUCGGCUUCAAGCUCAUGCCGUUCUACAGCCAGAUGCUUCUCGCGCACCCUGACUCCUUCCAUGCCAAGCGCUCAGAGUUUGCGGAACAUGCGGUCUGGGUGACCAGGUAUGAAGACAACGAUCAUUUCCCUGCGGGUAAAUACACGAUGCAAUCAGCCGGUGGUGACGGCUUGGCGUCUGUAAUUACGAAGCGCCGGAAUACCGGAGUUGCUCAUUCCGUGAGGAAUGAGGACAUUGUCAUCUGGCAUACUUUUGGCUCCACUCAUAACCCGCGUAUUGAAGAUUGGCCUGUUAUGCCGAGUGAGAAAAUGAUGGUUGGGUUGAAGCCAGUGAAUUUCUUUUCCGGGAAUCCAGGGUUGGACGUCGCUCCUUCGACACAGGAGAAAAACAAGAGUGUGCUCUAUACAGAAGAGAAAAAGAAAGACUCUGGAUGCUGUAGUUCAAAGCUGUAGAGGUAAAUCGUGGUUUCAUAUUGGGUUUGACAGUUCACGAUAGAAAUUAGAGAACAUAGUGUACCAUCCUUUGCCAAAGCAC